UCAGAAACAUUUCUACGUUUCCAAAGAGAGACAGGUUGAGGGUAAUGAUGCAUCCGGAAGAAGAAGCAUCUUCCUUGAUGUCAAACAGGUUAUCUAACAACCGCCUUCCGUCUGCCGAAGCCGAUGAUGCGGUGAACAGGUCGGAGGAGACAUGGCUGUGGGAACAAGUGAAGCAGGAGACCAAGCAGGACGCGCAAGCAGAGCCUGCCGUGGCCAGCUUCCUCUUCUCCACCGUCCUCUCCCACCCAUCACUCAUGCACUGUCUUGCCUUCCACCUGGGCAACAAGCUCUCAUCCUCCACCUUACUCCCCACUCUCCUGUACAACCUCUUCUUCGAGUCCUUCACCAACGCCGACGUCCGGCGUGCCGUCGUCGCAGACCUCAAGGCCGUCCGUCUCCGCGACCCCUCCUGCCGCUCCUACUCCCACUGCCUCCUCUACUACAAGGGCUUCCUCGCUCUCCAAGCUCACCGCGUCACGCGCCGCCUUUGGCUCCAGGACCGCCCUUCUCUCGCGCUCUCCCUCCAGUCCCGAAUUUCCGACGUCUUCGCCGUGGACAUACACCCCGGUGCCUGCAUCGGCUCGGGAGUGCUACUCGAUCACGCCACCGGAAUCGUAAUCGGAGAAACUACCGUCAUCGGAAACAAUGUGUCACUGCUGCACCAUGUCACGCUUGGCGGGACCGGUAAGCAGGCUGGUGACAGGCAUCCGAAGGUUGGCGACGGAGUCCUGAUCGGUGCGGCAGCCACCCUAGUCGGAAAUGUCAAGAUCGGAGAGGGGGCCAAGAUCGGCCCUGGCUCGGUGGUGCUGACCGACGUGCCGGCCUGGACUACUGCAAUCGGGAACCCGGCUAGGGUGGUCGGAGGAAAAGGAAACCCGGUCGCGCACAGUGAUGCUCCUGGGGAGAGCAUGGAUCACACUUCCUUCGUUGUCCAAUGGUCAGAGUCCAGAGACCAGGUGAUCUAAAACAUGAUCAGUUCUUUCAUGGUGCUGUUCUCGUAAGUCUUGGUCGAUCGACCGGUGCUUGCUGGAGGUUUUCUUAUUUUCAAAGUUUCCUUUGAUCCGAAAAAAGGAAAAUCAUGAACUUGGUAGCGAUUCAAGUGAUGCCAGAAGCAGAAUACUUAAAUCUGGUUUGUGUUUUGGUUCCUUCUUUUAGUCUAACUUCCUCAAUCCAGAGGAAGCAGACAGGUUAUGAUUUUGCUGUUUCUGUUGUGUAAACAUAAUCAAUUGUCGUGAUGACACAGAAGAUAUGUUAAUGAUAAUGACAUGUUUUCUCUGA